AUGGGAUUAUUAUCUAAGAAAAAACUACUUCCUUGGGAUCAAACAAAACAACAUGCUGACCAUAUUCGUAAUCAAGGAAUCAAACAAUUUUUAUCAAUUUAUAAUAAAGCAAAAGAUAGGGAAAAUGAUAGUUUACUGUGGGGUGACGAGAUUGAAUAUAUGGUAAUUGCGUAUGAUGAUGAAAACAAGAACGCAAAAUUAUCAUUAAGAGCUCAAGAUAUUUUACAAGAAUUGCAAAACGAAGUAGAUGAAGCAAAGAGAAAAAAUGAAGCAGUUGAUGCAUUAUGGCAACCCGAAUUUGGAGCGUAUAUGAUCGAAGGAAUACCUAGUGAUCCUUACGGAAGUUCUUUAAAAUGUUUGACUCAGGUUGAACAAAAUAUGAAACGUAGAAGAGAAAUUGCAUCCAAAUAUUUAAACCCAAAUGAAAGUUUAGUUACUUUAGUCAACUUCCCACGUCUCGGUUGUUCAAGUCAAUUCUUAGAGCCUCAGCAUAAUAAGCCAUUGGGGUCUGAGUUAAAAAGUUUAUUUGUGCCGGAUGAAGCCAUGAAUCCACAGGAAAAAUUUCGAACAAUGAAUGCUGGUAUUGAAAGUCGUCGAGGAACAAAGGUCGCUCUCAAUGUUCCGACUUUUCGUGACAAAAAGAGUGAAGAAGCUUUACCAGAUCGUAUAUAUAUGGAUUCGAUAAUUUUUGCGGCUGGUAGCUGUUGUCUGCAAACAACUAUUCAAGCUUGUAAUAUUAGAGAAGCUAGGAAAUUAUAUGAUCAAUUAGCAAUUUUUU